AUGGUCUCGCAUGUCGAAAUAUGUGAGGGCCUUACAGAAGAUGGCCAGCCAACUCGAGUGAUAAAAAUCAUAGAAAUCUUUGUGAAGCAAUCCACAGAACCCACGCAAUCCACUGCUCAGCGCUCACCCUUCAAGGCGACCGGUCCGAAUCACUUCGACUGCCUGCCUAACGAGUUGCUCGAACGCAUCAUGAACUUUGCUGGGAUGACAAACGGCACCUCGGCCGCAAUCAACAUGGACCCUUACGAGGCGGGCUGGAAGGACGAAGAGGAAGUGAUUCAGGAUGCGGUCGGCUUUAGGUCUUCGAUGGGAACGCUUCGUCAGGUCUGCUGGUGGUUUUUCCGUCUGGCAACACCACUGUUCUUGAAACGCCUGGUGAUCUGGGAUGCGAACUGGGGCCAUCGUCCGUUGGACCUGAUCCUGAGGCUCAGCAAACUCUUGGGUGCCACCCCGGCCCACGCAUCUGUCACCGGGAAAGAACAGCCGGCGAUCCGGCAACAUCUAGGGUCUCAAGUACCCUACGGCCACCAUGUCCGACAGCUAAUUUUUUCCAAUCGAACAAUCCCGCCGAGAUUGGUAUGCCAGUUACUCGAAACGAUCCAUUCCUUGCUUCCCAAUCUCACCGCACUCGGAGGUCUCAGUCUGAGCCACAUGCCGAGGUUACUGAGUCCGGCUAUCCGCUUUCCUCGGCUGGUCUCGAUCACCGGAAUCGACUUGGCGGCGUCCUCAGAGCUCUGGACAGCAGGGCAGGACCACCCGGCAGAUUUUGUGGAGACGCCGACGCUCAUGGCCGGCCUGAACCAGUUCAUCUCCCAGGAAGUCUUCAUCGGAAUCUUGAACCAUCAUCCGCACAUCUCCUACCUCUCCUGUCGCGGAUUGCAGAUCGACGAGGCCGGCGCAAACCUGCUCUCAGCCCUCUUACGCGCCAACUCGCGAUCGCAUUCACCCGAUUUACAACAGUUGCACAUCAAUGCGGGGUGCAAACUGGAAGAUAAAUCGACAGAUAGCUCCCUAGCCUGGUCGAUGAGCGAACUCCUUGGGAUGCUUCCUCGACUAACUCAUCUGACCUUUAUUGCUCAACGCAAUCUGCCCAGUCGACAUGGGUCGCUAGGAUGGGCAUCGUCAAAUGAGGUCCUCAGAUUUUCCCCUUGUGUCCAAUCACUAAAUCUUCGAAUGGAUUCGUUCACAACAGCCAAUUUUUUUGACAGCCUUAAUGACGACUCGAUGACUCUUCGCCAACUAAACGUCUGGCAUCGACCGACGCUAAAUCUGAACCCGGCUUCGGAGAGCUGGUCGAUCAUUUCGUUUGACUCUCCGCAGAAACUUCUCAAUGAAACCGAGGGCCCAGAGACGUCUCCCCCUCAAGCCAAUGAUGAUCAGAAUGCUGUCAACGUUCAGUCCGAGCCAAUCAAGGCUGAGCCCUAG